AUGACGUGUGUGAGAGAUUUCUAUAGUCCAGGAGCUUACUAUAAUAGUGGAGUAACAAACCUUGAGCGUUUUGUGAGAGAUGAGUGUAAUGCAGGAAGGAUUAAGAAGCUUGAUGAUGGUUUGAGAUACUUUGAUCAGUUGAUUUCGGAGAGGCCAUUGCCAUCUAAUAUUACAUUCUUAAAUGCUGCUGUGAAUUGGCGCAAAGUGAAUCAUGGGUUUUGUUUGCUUGGAGAAAUUAUUAAGAGAGGCUAUCAUCCUAAUGUUUUCACUUUCGGUACACUGAUUAAAGGGUUGUGUCAACAAGGAAAGAUUGAUUCUGCAUUCCAAGUGUUUGGUAAAAUGACUCAGUCAGGCAUUCAACCUAAUGCGGUUACAUGUAAUAUUCUUAUACAUGGGCUUUGUACAACCGGUAAAGUCAGUCUUGCUCUUCAGUUAAAAAACAAAAUGGGAAAAUGGAACUGCAGACCUACUAUGAUUGACGGUUUGUGUUUGACAGGUCGGCUGCAAGAAGCGGUUAAACUGUUUGACUCGAUGGUAGAUAGGGGCCUUGAGCCAAAUGAAAUCACCUACACUGUGUUAAUUGAUGGGUAUUGCAAGAAUCGUAAGUUGGAUGAAGCUAUGCAGCUAUUCAGCAAAAUGAAACAAAACGGAGUGAAACCCACUAUAGUUCCUUACAGUACGCUUUUAAGGGGACUAUACCAAGAUGGGAGAAUGAAGACUGCACAGAGGUUUCUUGAUGAGAUGCAAUCUUUUGGUCAUCGGCCAAACGAAGUUACAUACUGUACAAUGUUAGACGGUCUUUGCAAGAAUGGAAAAAUGGACGAGGCAAUGAAAUUGUUUGAAUCCAUGGAGGGUGGUAUCUUAGCCAAUGUUGCAAUGUACAAUGUUCUCAUUCAUGGUUUUUGUCGGGCUGGCCAGAUGGAAGACGCGAGAAAACUGUUUCACGAGAUUCCAAAAAAAGGAUUAGUUCCUGAUAUGGUAACAUAUACUACAUUGAUGUCUAGCCUCUUUCAUAACAAGAUGUUAUUGGAGGCUAACAAUUUAAUCAUUGAAAUGGAAACCAAAGGUUGUUUACCGGAUGUUAGAGCAUACAAUACUAUCAUCAAAGGCUUUCUUGAAGGAAAGAAGACAGACAAGGCAUCGCAAUUUUUCUGCAAGAUGCGUGGAAGAAAAUUUGUACCCAGUGAUUCUGUGGUUAUUUUGUUGAUAAACACUAUCUCAGCAGAUGAGCUAAAAAAACCUUUAGUUUUUCGCCAAAUCCUGUAACUGUUGAGAAAACUGUCAGGUGGAAAAUGCAAGGUUGCAGGCUGGUGCGACGGUUAAAGAUGUUGGCAUGUUGUUAUAAUACAAUGGGGUUUUGUUUUAAUGGAUGACAAGAGAAGCUUAAUAGGUACAAAUUUAUUGUGAUACUUGUCGUCAUUGGCGUCAAAUGAAGUCUUUCUGCUGUAGUCUCUUCACGAAUUUUCAAAUAGGAUAUUUGAGUCAGUAAAAAAUUAGGAAAUUUACAUUCGCAACAAUAGUUAGUAACAGCCAUUUUCCGUGAGUAACCAAAAAGCUGGAAAGAGUAAAUUGGCCUUUAGAGAAUUACUGCCCAAUGCACAUCCAUUUGUGCAGAGAACACCUAAAUUCUUAA